AUGGCGACAAUAGCAUCACGGAAGUCUGAGGAGAGAAUGUGGAGUACUACUGGGGAUGAACAUGAACAAGCAAUGAUGGAGAUGGAGAUGGAUGAAAUGUUCGAUCUGGAUCUCGCUCUUGUCCCUCCUCUCCAGUUGACAGUGGAGGAUGAUGAGAUCUCCACAAGUACAAGUAGUAUUAAUGGAACAACAGAACGGUUUCAGUUGUUAUCCAACAUGCCCACCGUCGUCGUCUCCUCCGCAUCAACUGAUGUUUGUUCCAUUUGCAUGGAAGAAUUACUGACUCACCACCGUCAACCACCACCAUUAGCAACAGAAGAAGAAGAAGAAGAAGCUAAACACAUGCCGUGCGGCCACGUCUUCCACUCAUCUUGUAUCUCAGCUUGGGUCUCCCUCCGUCGCUCUUGUCCUCUCUGCCGCUACCUCUUACUCAGCUGA